CUCCUCCACAGUCCGUCGCUGUAAGUGGCCGGAGCCGUCACAGGCAAUGUAACCUGCUUCUGGUGGGCAUGUGGGCUUGACCGUCUGUGGUGCGCAGGGACCGCUUCGCGACAGCAGGGGUUUGCGUCCCAACACCUCUACCGAGGGAGCGGGCUAGACAUUGGACCCUUUGGAGCGAAGUUGCUUAUUAUAAAUAAGUCCCCGCGCCCGCGAGUCGAUGUAAAAGUGGUUUCUGAGUUGAGCUGUCCGUUCUUGUUCCUUCUAGCCACUUUCUGCCCUAGUGCUGUACCGUGGCCAAUAAGUCCAUCAUGAAGUUCCUUUCCGUCCUCACGGCUCUGGCCUCUGUCUGUGCCGCCAGUCCCGUCGCCUUAUCUGAUGCCAAUGCCAACGCCAACGCUGGAAAUGGCCAUGCCGUUGCUACCGCUUCCACCAACGCCCCCUCAGACAACCCUCGCCUUAUUGUCUACUUCCAGACCACCCAUGACAAGCAGGGAAACCCCAUCUCCAUGCUCCCUCUCGUCAAGGAGAAGGGUAUUGCCCUCACUCACCUGAUUGCCUGUUCUUUCCACAUCAACAAAGACAGUGAGAUCCAUCUCAACGACUACCCCCCCAGUGAUGCCCGCUUCAAGACUCUGUGGAAGGAAGCCGAUACGCUCAAGCAGUCUGGAGUUAAGAUCAUGGGCAUGAUUGGUGGUGCCGCUGCUGGCUCCUUCGACUCCAAUACCCUUGAUGGUUCUCAGGCCAACUUCGACAAGUACUACGGCCAGCUUCGCGACAUCAUCCGCAACUUCAAGCUCGAAGGUAUGGAUCUUGAUGUUGAGCAGUCCAUGAGCCAGAGCGGCAUCAACCGUCUCGUCGAGGCUCUGUACAACGACUUUGGCUCCAAUUUCCUCAUCACCCUCGCCCCUGUGGCCUCUGCACUCCGUGGUGGUGCCAACCUGAGUGGCUUCGACUACAGCACUCUUGACGACAAUGAGGGCUCCAAGAUUGCCUUUUACAACGCCCAAUUCUACUCUGGCUUCGGCUCUAUGUCUACCACCAGCGACUAUGACAGAAUCGUCAGCAACGGCUUCGAUGCUAGCCGUGUUAUUGCAGGCCAGCUGACCGCUCCCGCCAAUGGCUACGGUUAUACACCCUACAGCCAGCUCAACAAGACCGUCAUCUCCCUUCGCGACAAAUAUGGCCAGAUUGGUGGUGUUAUGGGCUGGGAAUACUUCAACAGCAGUCCGGGUGGUACUGACAAGCCUUGGCAGUGGGCGCAGAUCAUGACACAGAUUCUCCGUCCUGGCCUGACUCCCAAGAUUAAGAUGACUCGUGCCGAUGCUAAGGCCCUUACCGACGCCUACUACGAAAGCCAGGCUGCUGCAUCUGCUGAUGCUGAUGCCGACUCUGCCGACUCUGCAGAUGCUGAACGCACCAACUUCAAGAGCGCCGCCGUCAAAAAGCCUGUUGUUGACUACUACCAGUGGGUUAACGCCUAAAUGGGUUGUAUCGGCGCCCACAACAAAUACACUGGAGCAAUGUCGUUGCCAUUUUUGCGUGAUACAACGACUCGUACAUAUAAUCAAUCUAUACAUAGUACAUGAUUAUGAAACAACAAAUAAUCUUCUCAUAUAUACAGGUCGACCUCAAUCUUACAUGUGUGUUAUUUUAAUUUACUUUCGAUCCCUGACCCCAGAUUACGCCGAUCACAAUGCGCUGCGACGCUGUAGCGCGGGCGCCAGCCACUUAUCCCUUACGUCAAGCAGCGAUCGAAUCCAAAAACUACUAAUGCAGGAGCCUAACUUAAUCGUACUGUAGUCAGGCUCUGAGGCUCAUCUGUACCGCUCAUGUUGCUACUGUAGUCUAGCGCUUACAGGCAGUUCGUUGACAGUAUUUGCCAUCUCCACAACCAAGUCUGCCGAACAGCUUUGGAGCCCCAAAGGGUAUGCCAAGAGGGAAAUUUUGUUUCCAAUAGAAUAUAUAAAUGUCAUCUAGAUAUCACAGUGUUUCGCCAAAGACUAUUCAAGUAGUGACGCUGCCGUUGCAUUAGAAUCGCUCUGAUGUGACGCAGUACAAAGAACGUAGCGGACCAUUCUAAAUCUUGACAAACUCCGAUGGAACCAAGUACAGUGUUGGUUAUUCCCGCAGCGAAGGAUGGCCGCAAACUACACCGGUUACAGUCUUGGUUCGGUCGGUAGUGAAUCUUGCACGAACCGGAGCGGCAAUUAUGCAGACCACGAAACCUUUCACAACAAAUCUAUCGGCAAGGGAAUCUAACGUCGCCUAUACCAAAAAGAACUCCAGUAUGGCCCAGCAAAUGUGCGGGGAUGCGUCUGAAAGCAUCAUCGGCGGUGUUUCGGGUACCACAGCAUAGCGGAGACUAUCGUUCUGGGAAACAUGGCAACUAGAUAGUUAAUGGUUAUCUAUUGAUCGGUGUUCGGCUUAGACUCGGUGAUGGUGCGUCAACGGCUGGUGCGGACACGCUACCGUCACGGCACGUUGAAGGAUCUAUUCAAUAGAGCGAGAGAAUUGAAAUUGUUCUUCACAAGUCAUAAACACCACGCGUGCAAGCUGGGUUGGUCUGAGGGAUUCACCACGUGGUAGGAGAAUCCGCGUAUAUAUGCUGUUGUUUGACAUGUAUGAGACUAAAGAAGCAGCUCGCAAGCAAGGAUCAUUUGCGGUGGAAGAGCUGUUGUUUACACCGCUAGCAGGACGACGCAUGGCUGGAUAGUGGUUCGUAAGUCUGCAGCAAAAAUUAAUAAUGCAUCUGUAUCUAGGCGUGUCUAGACUUGAUUUCCCGUGCAAAAAGGGCCGCAAUUGUAUGACGGAGCUGAAUCUGCCGCUGAAUCAACCCUUUUGGCUCAGCAGGUCGAGGGAGGCCAGGAACCAAGCGGGGUGGCGUUGGUUGUCGUCUUUUUUUUUUCUGGGCUCCUAAGCUUGUUUGCCGG